GCUACUCGCGCAAGCUGCCGGGCUACCCUCGGUACCGUCUGCUGGGUGACCCGGCCGCGGGCGUGCACGACCUGGAGAUCACCAACGUGACCCUGGAGGACGACGGACGGUUCCAGUGUCAGGUGUCACCGAGUGGCGGCCAGCCGGCCAUUCGCGCCGACGCCUACCUCAGCGUCAUUCUAAAACCGCAGUCGGUACGCCUGCGGGCAUUCGUCGACGGCGUGGCGACAUACGACGAGGUCCAGGUGCCCAGAGGCGAGUCGGUGACCUUGACCUGUGACGUCACCGGCGCCCGUCCCGCCGCCGGCAUCGAGUGGCAGCGCAACGGCCGUCACCUGGAGGCAGGUGGGUGGGCCGGCCGCUCCAAUUAUCAUCGCAUGCUUCCAACGACUCAUGCAACGGCAGACAGGGCCGACGGCUCGGCCGUGGUGCUGGCGGCCGUCGGGGACGCGCGCCGUCUGGACACCCGCUCGUCGCUGACAGUGGACGCCGGCCGGGCCGACGACGGGGCCGGCUACUCGUGCGUGGCGCGUCACCCGGCGCUGCGGCCCGCCGACGGCCACCGCGAGCGCUUCAACGCCAGCAUCACCUUCUCCGUGCUGUAUCCCCCAGGACCCCCGUCCAUCAGUGGGUACAGCGCCGGCGAGAUUCUGCGCACGGGCGAGCAGCGCACGCUGACCUGCUCCUCGAAGGGCGGCAACCCGCCGGCGCGCCUGGUGUGGACGCGCAACGGGCGCGCCGUGGGCCAGGUGUACCGGGCCGGCCGGCGCGCCGCCACCGCCGCGCACACGUUCAUCGCCGACCCGACUGACCUGGGCGCCGUCUACCGGUGCACGGCCUCCUCCAAAGUGUACCCGGAGCCCAUGGCCGCCCAGGUGGAAAUCGACGUCUACUUCGCGCCCAAGAGGGUGUCGGUCACAGCGCCGGCCUCUGCUCAGUCCGGUGACGUCAUCCACGUCAGCUGCGUCACGUCCGAGAGCAACCCACCGGCCAACCUGACGUGGAUUGUCAGCGACGGCGUUCUGGAAAACGCGACGUGGGCGGCGCAUCCGGCCCCGGACGGCGGCUGGAUCUCCAGCUCGAACGUCACAGCGCUGGUGCCGGCCGACGCCGACCAGCAAUUCCCGCUGCGCUGUUUCGCCCAGAACCCGGCGGUGCCGCAGCCGCGCGACGGCACGGCGCUCGUCACCGUUCUGCAGGCGCCUCAGCCGCCGACGAUCCUGGGUUACGCGCCGGACGAGGUGCUGCAGGCCGGCGAGCGGGUCACGCUGAGCUGUCUGGUGCGCGGCGGCAACCCGCGGCCGCGGCUCUCCUGGCUGAGCGGCGCGCGCCCGCUCGAGUCGCGUCAGCAGCAGGCCGGCCGCGACACGCUCAGCCUGCUGACGCUGACUGUCAGCGCUGAGGACAACGGGCGCCGGCUGACCUGCCGCAGCCGCAGCGACGCCGCCGACCGGCCCAGCGACGCCAGCGCCACGCUGCGGGUCUCCUUUCCUCCGAGCCGACUGGACAUCAGUGUCAGUCCGUCGCCGCUGCGGGCCGGCCAGCCGGGCGAGCUGACCUGCGAGUCGCGUCCGUCGCUGCCGGCGGCGCGGCUCAGCUGGUGGUCCGGGGGUCGGCCCGUCACCGAGCACGUCGUCAGGGAGGACACGGUGCCGACCGGACAGCACGGAGGCUUCGUGAGUCGCAGCGUGCUGAGGAAGUCUCUGAGCUGGACGGACGACGGCGCGGAGCUGGUCUGCAAGGCCGAGAUGCCCGCUCUGACCGGCACGCUGCAGACCGUCCGCAAACUGCACGUACAGCACGCCCCUGUGUUCGAGCGGCCACAGCUGAACGCCACAGCCGUCCGUGGUCAGCCGCUGUCUCUGAACCUCACGGCGCGGGCCAACCCGCCCGUGAGGGACUACGUGUGGUCGCGGGCUGACGGGGCGGGUGCGUCAGCUGACGAGCGACUGCUGACGUCAGCUGACGGGCGACUACUGACGUCAGUUGACGGCGUGCUGAACCUGACGUCCGUCAGACGCGAGGACGCCGGCUGGUACCUGCUGAGAGCCACCAGCGCGCUGGGGUCGGCCUCGGCCCGAGUGCACGUCGACGUGCUGUAUCCCCCGAAAGUGUUCAAGACGCCGUCGAUCAUCACUGCAGCUCGGCACGGCCGGCUGGACCUGCCGUGUCGGGCCGAGGCCAACCCGCUGAGCGGCGGCAUGUUCAGCUGGUCCCGACCCGGUCAGCGGCAGCCGCUCAACCUCACCUCCAGCUACCUCAACGGCACCUCCUUCCUGAGGAUACCGGCCCUCACUGAGGACAGCGCCGGUGACUUUGUGUGUUCCGUUACGAACGACCUCGGACUCGACAGUGCCACGUUCACUGUGGUGAUUCAAGAACCGGCUAAAAUCGCCAAAAGCGUCCGUUUCGCCAAGGCCGCCGCCCGGCUGGGGGAGAAGGCCCACGUGACCUGUCGUGCCCGCGGGGCUCCAGCAGUCACCUUCAGCUGGUCACGUGACGGUGACGUCAUCAGUGGCACGGGCUCCGGCGGCAAGUAUGGCACCGAGCGGAAACAGUGCUGGUCAGUGCUGAGGUGGGCAUCAGUGCUGGUCAUCAUUGACAUCACCGAGUCGGAUUACGGCGAGUACGAGUGUCGCGCGUCGAACCGUCUCGGCUCGGACACCCACCGGGUGCGGCUGGUGGAGCCGUCGGCGCCCGACCCGCCGCGCGACCUGCACGUGCUCAACGUGUCGUCCGGCGCCGUCACCCUGGCCUGGACGCCGGCCUUCGACGGCGGCUUCAUCCAGGGUUUCCGGUUCCGCUACUCGGAGUGGGAGUCUGGCGAGGAGACGGUACGGGACGGCGACCCGAACUCAGCCCGCUUCACGGUCGGCGGUCUCCGCGCGGACGCCCAGUACACCUUCCGAGUGGCCGGCUACAACCAGCUGGGCGUGGGCGCCUACACCGAGCCGCCGCUCGUCGUACGCACCAGCGGCACUCCGCCGGUGGGCUACGUCACGGACCGGGAGGACUCUGAGGACCGGCUGCCCUACCCCCGGCUGCUGGUCGGCGCCGCCUCCCUCUGCGGCAUCGUCUUCCUGGUGGUGCUGAACGCGGUCCUCAUCAGCUGCUGCCACUUCCACCGCAAACAGAGCCUCAGACACGCAGCAGCACGUAGCGAGGCUGGCCGACCGGCGGCGUCGGCGGCCCCGGGGGACCCCGACGGCACCAGCUCCCUCUCGGCCCGGAGCGCGCGCUCAAACUCCAUCGGGGACAGCAUCGACAAGCCGGAGGACUGCCGUCUGCUGCCUGACACGGAGCGCGGUCCGUUCCCGACCAUCACUGUCGUCCAGCCGGAGGGCCCCGGGGAGGUGGAGCUGAUGACUCUGCCGGACCUGCCGCCCCGCCGGGACGGCUCCCCAGACGGGGACGACUCGUACGGGUACAGUCACCUGCGGACCCCGACCCCGUUCCGGGAUGCGCUGGCCGACAGCGUACCGCCCUCUGUACCGCCGGAUGUGACCGUCACUGCCGCCAGCGAGGUGCCGCUGACGCUGAGCCGGGGUCAGCCGCGACCCACCGCCGGGGGCUCCGGGCGGCCCGUCACCCCCCGCUGGAGCGACUCGCAGUGACCCAGUGGAUGGACACAUAGGGAUGUCGGUACUCAUAGGACGAGAUAGGGAUCACAGCUCACAGAGACCGAGCGGACGGUGCCCGCAGCUCACAGUGACACGGCGGACGGGGCCCACGGCUCACAGUGACACGGCAGACGGGGCCCACGGCUCACAGUGACUCGACGGACGAGCCGGGGGGCCCACGGCUCACAGUGACCCGGUGGACGAGUCGGGGGCCACGGCCCACGGACAGACUAGUCGGGGGCCUGCCGACGUCGGAGGAGCGGCGCCGUUCUGACGCUACUCUACAUAAGUAUAUGUGAUGUUGUUGGUGAUAUAUGACACUGCUCAUGUCUCCGUUGACUCGGAGACAAAACUAUUGUGUUGUUCAGCCGGGCUGUUUAGAUGCCUGGGAUAGCUGAGUUACUGUUGUGCAUAUUGUAAUUGAAGUACGUGUAUAUGAGGCUGUAAUGCGUGACAAUGGAUUGGUGGAGUAUUAUUUUCUAACCGUAGUGUCAUGUCAUGUGUAUUGUACACGUCACGACGUGAUGAUCGCGAGUGAAGUAACGACUCGAUGUGUAGUGAGCGAGUGUCUAGCUGAACUAGUCCUUGAGUGAUUGUACUGUGUGUACGCAAUCAUCUGUUUAUAUUUAUCAUUUUUAGCAGCUGCCCGAUGGUUGAAAACUCAAGAGGGAUCUAACGGACAAUUGUGGUCAAUAUGAACAAUCAAAAUCAAUUGUUACAUAUGAUAUGGCGCAUCAUAUACAGCAGACGAAAACAAC